UCUUGGCCGGGAUUCAAUGACUGAGGCAGACACCAACAAACAGAGGGGGGGAGGCGCAGGGCGGGAGGCUGAGCCCGCCUGCAUUAGCUCAGCUCGCAGGCACUCUCAGUCACUGCUGGCGAGAGGAGCGGCGAGGAUGUGCGCGCUCUCCCCGCGGCUCCCCACGGCACGCCGACAGCGCCGGCAGCACUAGGGGCAGGGAGGCGACCCCAGGGACGAGGAGCCGUCCCCGGCCGAGCAGAGGGACCCCGAGGGGCAGCGGAGCCGCUCAUCGCCCGUGCGGAGCCCCCGCGGCAGCGCCGGAGAGCGGGGCCUUUCCUCCUGCGUUGUUCUCGCGCAGACCGAGCCUUCUGCCGCCUCCUGCUUUCUGCUUUCCUCCCCCGCGCCUUCCUCCGGUGGAUAUGGACAGAAGGGGGAUCACUGCAGAGAAGCAGCAGCCGCCAGAACAUAUUUGAGCCCCGGGUGCUCGGAGCGUGGCACAGACUUUUUGUGUUUCCGUGGGUGGUGUGUGUGUGUGUGUGAGUGAGUGUGUGAGUGUCGGAGGUGUGGGAGGAGGGAUCGGUUUGCCUGGGGGCUGGCUGAGGGGGUGAGUGCUCGGAUGAAGACCUCUUUUUGCCGUGAUUCUCUGCUCCAUCGGGGCAGCUUGGAGACUUGGAGGGUUUGAAAUUGUAACGAACCAAGAGGAAAGAAGAGAGAGACACGCAUACAAAAGGAUUUAUUUCCUCUCCGUUAGUGGAUUGCUGAGUGGGAAGGAGAAAAAAAACAAGGAAACUAAAAAAUGGAGACUGUAAGUAGAAGCAGCUUCCAGCCUCAUCCAGGACUGCAGAAGACCUUGGAACAGUUUCAUCUGAGCUCUAUGAGCUCCCUGGGUGGCCCUGCUGCUUUCUCAGCACGAUGGGCACAGGAGAUGUACAAGAAAGACAAUGGCAAAGACCCCGCGGAACCUGUACUGCAUCUGCCCCCAAUCCAGCCUCCUCCGGUCAUGCCCGGUCCCUUCUUCAUGCCCUCGGACAGAUCCACGGAGAGGUGCGAGACCAUCCUGGAAGGGGAAACCAUCUCCUGCUUCGUGGUGGGUGGAGAGAAGCGGCUUUGCUUGCCCCAAAUCCUGAACUCGGUGCUCAGGGACUUCUCCCUGCAGCAGAUUAAUUCGGUGUGUGAUGAGCUGCAUAUUUACUGCUCCAGAUGCACUGCUGACCAGCUGGAAAUCCUCAAAGUCAUGGGCAUCCUGCCCUUCUCCGCUCCUUCCUGCGGGCUCAUCACGAAAACUGACGCUGAGAGGCUUUGUAACGCCUUGCUUUAUGGUGGCACCUAUCCCCCCCACUGCAAGAAGGAAUUCUCGAGCACAAUUGAGCUGGAGCUCACGGAGAAGAGCUUCAAGGUGUAUCAUGAGUGCUUUGGGAAGUGUAAGGGACUCCUGGUGCCAGAGCUUUACAGUAACCCCAGCGCAGCCUGCAUCCAGUGCUUGGACUGCAGGCUCAUGUACCCACCUCACAAAUUUGUGGUCCACUCUCACAAAUCGCUGGAAAACAGGACUUGCCACUGGGGCUUUGACUCUGCAAACUGGAGAUCCUAUAUCCUCCUCAGCCAGGAUUAUACUGGGAAAGAGGAGAAAGCUAGACUGGGCCAGCUCUUAGAUGAAAUGAAAGAAAAAUUUGACUAUAACAACAAAUACAAGAGGAAAGCCCCCCGGGUCUCUUCAGAUCCUCCUGCUUCCAAAAAGCCCAAAACAGAUGACUCUGCUUCCCAAUCUCCAGCUUCUUCUGAGAAGGAAAAACAGUCCAGUUGGUUACGGUCCUUAUCCAGUUCAUCCAACAAGAGCAUCGGGUGUGUGCACCCCCGGCAGCGGCUCUCGGCGUUCCGGCCCUGGUCCCCCGCGGUGUCGGCCGGCGAGAAGGAGCUCUCGGGCCACCUCCCCGCCCUCAUCCGGGACAGCUUCUACUCCUACAAGAGCUUCGAGAGCGCCGUGGCCCCCAACGUGGCCCUGGCCCCCCCAGCCCAGCAGAAGAUCGUGAGCAACCCCCCCUGUGCCACCGUGGUGUCCCGGGGCAGCGACUCCCUGAGCUCUGCCCAGCCCAGGAAAAGGAAACACGUGGAACACGUGGCUGCUCCCGAGGCCACGGCCCCGGCCCCCGAGGAGGACAAGGAGUCAGAAGCAGAAAUUGAAGUAGAAACCAGGGAAGAAUUCACCUCCUCCUUAUCCUCGCUCUCCUCCCCAUCCUUCACUUCAUCCAGCUCUGCCAAGGACAUGAGCUCCCCUGGGAUGCAGCCCCCGGUGCCCGUCAACAGCUCCUACGAGGUGGCAGCACACCCUGACUCCCACAGCAGCGGCUUGGAAGCUGAGCUGGAGCACCUCAGGCAGGCCCUGGACAGUGGCCUGGACACAAAAGAAGCCAAAGAGAAAUUCCUGCACGAGGUGGUGAAGAUGAGGGUGAAGCAGGAGGAGAAGCUGAACGCGGCCCUGCAGGCCAAGCGCAGCCUGCACCAGGAGCUGGAGUUCCUGAGGGUGGCCAAGAAGGAGAAGCUGCGGGAAGCCACCGAGGCCAAGCGCAACCUGCGGAAGGAGAUCGAGCGCCUGCGGGCGGAGAACGAGAAGAAGAUGAAGGAGGCGAACGAGUCGCGGGUGCGGCUGAAGCGGGAGCUGGAGCAGGCGCGGCAGAUCCGCGUGUGCGACAAGGGCUGCGAGGCCGGGCGGCUCCGAGCAAAGUACUCGGCCCAGAUCGAGGACCUGCAGGUGAAGCUGCAGCACGCCGAGGCCGACCGGGAGCAGCUCCGCGCUGACCUCCUGCACGAGCGGGAGGCCCGGGAACACUUGGAGAAGGUGGUCAAGGAACUUCAGGAACAACUGUGGCCUAAGUCGAGCAGCCAGCCCAGCAGCGAGAGCACCUCGAGCCUCAUGGAGAACUGAGCCCAGAGCAGGGCAGGGCGGGAGCGGCGCCGGCAGGGCGGGCGCGGGGGGUGUGAUGUGUGAGGUGUCCUGGCACCGGCGGGAACACGGACUCGCAGCAGUUGGAAGGCAAACGUUGUUACCCUCUAGAACAGAAGCACUGAAUUCUGCCUCUUUUUUUUUUUGGUUUUUUUUCCUCCUUCCCGAUCCAUAUAGCACAACAUCUUACUGUGCCUAGAAAACACAAAGUGUUUGUAAAACAAAAUACUUUUAAGUCCACAGCGAGAAUUUUCUACUGACAAACUCGGAGCAAGUGGCGGCGUCCAGCUGAACCCAGAGUCCAAGGCGAGCAGGGCAGGGGGGUUGUGUUCUCCUGCCCGUUGGAACAUUUUGGAAUUGACAAAGCAAACCAACUUUUCUUAUAAGCUAUUUAAAAUAAUUCAUUACACAGACUUGGUAUUAAAAAAAAAAAUUAACACGAUUUUUUAUAAUGAACGUUUAAAAGCAAAACAAAACAAACAAAAAAAACAACAAACCUUCGAUGCACAAUUUUUAAUGACUUUAUAGGCUUUGGGAUUCUUUGUGCAGAAGCCCCUCUCUGGUGAUGGUGCCAUGUCAGGAGCAGUUUUCCAGCCAUCUCGGAAGCCAGCGCGGUUCCAUCCCGUCACGUGGGGGUGGGGGAAGUUUAGAGUGCUUUUCCAAGUUGAUUUUUUUUUUUUUUUCCUUAGAAAGAAUUAUCUUGAUUUCCUGCCCUAAACACAAGAAGAAGGGAAGAUGCAGGAGCGUGCAGGGGGUGGGGAAGGAGGUGGUGUUGGACUGAGAGCCCCACGGGCCCCGCGUGUGCAGCCCACGCCAGCACCUUGGUGUGUGCAGAGACUUCAUCCAGGAGCACUUGAGCUUUGGGAAAGGGAAGAAAGAAAGGGAGGAAGGAAAUGGAUGAUCAGUUGGUAGAGGAACAAAGCAGAGACAUCUGUGUGUUGAAGUCAUUCUGAAAUCUUCAGCUUUCAGUUUUCUGGAAAACUCAUCUCGUUGCACCAUCUCGCCGUGAGUUCAGUAUUUCCCUGCCCAUCCCAAGCUGCCCGUCAGGAUUCCUGUGCCCUGGGAAGUGCAGGAUUCCCAUGCCCAGGGAGGUGCAGGAUUCCUGUGCCCAGGAAGUGCAGGAUUCCCGCGCCCUGGGAAGUGCAGGAUUCCUAUGCCCAGGGAGGUGCAGCCUCGGACACCACAGACCACACCACCAACGGUUUUGCUGCUGUGAAUAAGCCACAUGGGUUUUUUUUAAAAACCUUUUUGUUUUUAACAAGAAGCUCACGUUCAUGUUGGGGUCCAAGCCGCAGCCCCGGGACACGACGCAGCCAUCACUGCCCUGGGGGUGGUGCUGAGUUUUUUUUAUAUUUUUUUUUUUUUUUAAACCUGCACUUUGUCAGAAUCUUACUCUGCAUUUUAUUCCCUGUUUCUGAAACCAAGCAUUCUAGAUUCUGCCCUGAGAGCUGUGCAAACCAUGAACCCAACCUGCCAGCACUGCCACCUCCCAUCAGCAUCUCCACUCCACAGAGGAGGAUCCAGCAGGUCCAGAACAUCCCAAGCAGGAAUUCACCAGACCAGGGAACUGGUUUUGUGGCUGUAUCUGACCCAAGCUGAGGAUCAGCUGAGAUGCUCCCAAAAGUGCUUAACAAAUAAAGCUGGUGCUUUACUGAUCAAGAGAAAAGUUAUUUUCACCCCUAAACUCUCACCUCUGACACACUCAAACGUGAAAAUGUGAUCUGGGGCUGCAGAUGUGCCUUCCAGCUCAUUUAUCCUCUCAGCAUCUUCUCUAGGCAAUGCUGACACUUUUUUACCUUAAAAGAAUAAAAAGAAAAGAAAUAAAAAAAAAAAGAAAAAAAAGAGAACCCCCCUAUGCAUCAUCAUACCCAGAAGUUAUUCUAAACAAAGGAACAUAUUUCCAGUAAUCUUUAUUUGCUUUUGGACAUUAAUGCAAACUAUGUAAGCUUCAAAAUUAUUUCCCAGUAGACAGAAAGCGGCUUCCAAUCCUAAAAUUAUGGUAUUUACUUACAGUACAUUAGAGAGAUUUUUUUUUUUUUUUAAACAAGAGCUGUUUGCUUGAAACCAUUAUAAUAACCAUUAUAAUAACUGUGAGCAUUAACAAAGAAGUUCAUAUAUAUGUUUUAGGUACAAAAAAAAGAAGAAAUACGAAAGGAGUGGAAUUACUGAGACAAUGUAAAACUGUUGGGGGCAAGAAACAGUCACACCAAGUCCAUGACCUGAACCUGUCUGUGGAUACAGGGGUUGGCCCUUGUGUGUUUGGGAGGCUGGAGACUGGCUCUAGGUGCAGAUCUCCUUCUAAAGUGCAAUGCAAAAGGAAUUUUGAUUAUGCUUGAGCAGGUUUGUUUUUGUUUUUUUUUAUGUGGGGUUUUAUUUUCUUUGUAUGUUUUUUUUUUCUGCGAUUAUUAAAUCAUAUGCAUGGAUUAAACUCUGCCAUAUAGUCAUUAAUGGGCAUUAUUACUGUCUUAUGUAAAGGGGUUCUUUUGUUAUGCAGUAUGCAGAAAAAUGUUCUCAGCCUUAUGAUUUCCAGAGCUGUAUUAUCCACUUAUUUCUUCAAGGGAAACUAAACAGUUGUGUCUGUCGUUACCAUUCUGUGCAUCUCCAGUCCCUCGUGCUCUGCUUUGCUGCCCUGCUGGGAAUUACACAGAGAACAGCCCUGGCCUUGCAAAUUCAGUCUGUUUGGGUUUCCCCUGAUCUCUGAUAGUGUCUCUCCCCUUAUAAUUCAAGAAAAAAAAGGCAGCCUGUCCAUCUCCAGGUGUUUUUUCCCAGGAAAAGCCACUCUCUUACCUGUGGGUUCCUUUCCGUGUCCAGGGGAGCUCUGUGGCUCCCAGGGCUGGAGGCUCCCACCCUCCUGAAGGAAGGGAACCUGCAGGAUUUUCAGAGGAGAAACCAGAACAGUGUCACCAACAGCCAGUCACCCCAGGCAGCCUCCCCUGGGCUCAGAGGGGCAGGAAAAGGCUCCAGAACAAAAUUCCAACUGGGGGUUUCCUGUUCUGCCCCGGGUUGGUCACUCCAGGAGGGCAGGACCUGCAGGGGACUCACCCUGCCCCAGUUAAGACUCCACAAUAUUUGGUCCUUGGGAGUGAAAAGCCAUUUCCAUAAGUUAAGGUUUGAAAUCAGUGAGAUAAUUAAAGGUGCAAGAAAGGUGGGGACAAACAUUGUCCAGCAGCAGCCAAACCCCAGGAGGGGCUCACAGGGAACGGCUUAAACUGUUGGGAAUCUCCUGAACACAUUUAACAGUUAAAUUGUUAUUUCUGCAGAGUGUGUAACGUGUUUCUGAUUCAGAAUAAUUAGAACUGUCCCUGUGGCAGCCCCAGAGACACUGAUGUGGGGAGGGGGCUCUGCAGAGACAGCCCCGUGUGUGAAGGUGCUGGAGGAGAGGGAGCUCUCUGUGUAAUUUCUGAGGCUGCAGCACCUCAGUCAAUCCCACUCACAUGGAAUUCUUUCCCUGCUGCACUCCCAGGGCUCCCCAGCCCCGAGUGCAGGAGCUGCCACAUCUCUCACUUCAUCUGUGCUUUAGUUUCCUUUAAGAAGUUCAAAGGGAGAAGAGGUGUUUCAUACAGGCUGUUGACUCUCCCUGUACUUACAAAUAUAUUACUACUUGUAUAUUCAGUUUAAUUACUCCUUGUUUCUAUUACUGAACGAAGACUUAACGAAGGGAAUAAAAACCAACAGCAAUAACAUUCAUAUCUAUGGAGCAGCUAACUCUAUACAUAAUAUUCUGCUUUUCAAACAGAACUAGCCAAUGUAAAAAAAAACAUUAAAAGUAAAUUCAACAUGUAAAUACUUUUUUUCAUUUUACACUGUUGUAUUAUAAGUGUAUAUGGUGUUUACUUUUUCAAAACUCUUUCUUACCUGGUAGUUGUCUUGUUUUAUGAGUUGUGUUUUUAACUGAGAAGAACCUUUGCUGUCUGUUAGGAAAAAAAAACAAAACAAAACAAAAUCUUUUUGCAAGUUUUCAAUGUGGGUUACAACCUUUCUCCAUCAUUUGCAUUUUACUUGUCCUUAUUUUCACUGUAAAGUAUUUUAUUACCAAAAGGUUGAUUUUGUUCCAUUUUGCCCUCUCAGCAGUCAUGUGUUUUAGAGAGAAGUUUUUUUUUGUUUUUUUUUUUUUUUUUGUUGGCUUGGUUGUUGUUUUGUUUUUGGUUUUCUUUUUUUUUUUUUUUAAAUCAAAAGAACUCACAGAAAUGACAUUUUUUCAAUUGAAGAAAAAUAAAUCUUUACAUUUAUAAUAGCCAAUAGCAUUUCAGCACAUUUUUGUUAUCCUGGUCUCUCCUAUGCUGCUGCUAAUGACAAUAUUAUGACUUACUCUACUAUUCUAGAACUAUUUUUAUGUAAGUAAUGUAUGCUUUCUUGUUUAUAAAUGCCUGAUUUAAAAAAAAAUAAGAAAAAAGCUUGGCAUAUUUAUCUAUUUCGCUGUGUACCUUGAUAGUCCUUUUCCACCCCCUUUUCCACAUCCCCUCCCCCCCAAUGCAGAUAAUAUUGUAAAAUAAAGGACUUUAUGAGAUUAUGUAUGAAAAUAGCUAUGCUUAUAUACCACAGUGACUGAAUGUACAGUGUAUAGACGCAUUACCGAAAAUAAAAUUGUUUGUCCAGAAAACA